AUGGUUGUACCAGCUGAUGAUCUUCUCCAACAGGCUGUCAUUACUACGAGGCGUCGAGGAUGCGGUCGGGUAUCGUGGGAGGAAGUGGAGGGAACAUCGACUUCUGCUCCGAGGAGUUUUCUUUCACGUGGUUCAUUGUCUAGGGAUUACGAGGAUGAGGAACCCGAGUGGGUUCAAGUUCCGGAACACGAGUGGGUUCAAGUUCCAGAACCCGAGCGGGUUCAGGCUCCGGAACCCGAGCGGGUUCAAGUUCCAGAACCCGAAAUGAUCGAUGUUCUGGAAGUCGAAGAGGAGACUAUCCCGAGUUUUUCAAGAGGACCGUCUGACACCUCCCUCUUGAUCUAUUACACCGAUCAUGUCGCUUAA